UAGCACAUCUACUGCUCAAGCCGUCAUUUGUCUCGUUGUGUGAUGAACUACUGCAGCACGAACAACGAUAUUACAACUAACAAUGUAUAGAUUUGAUUGAGUUAUUAAAGCUGUGCUAUUCGAUAUUUAACUUCUCCUUAACUGAAAGUCGCUAUUGUUACGCUAAUUCACAAUAAUAACCCGAAAAAAUGAGCAACAACAACAGCAGCAAUUUUGGGUCAUACGCCGGUAUCGCCUCGGGCGUCGCCUUAGCUAUUGGAGGUCUAGCCGCAUUAGGAACGGUAUUGUACAAUGAUUAUCAGGAACGACAAAAUCGUCAGAGACAAAUCGGUUGGACGAGCAAUACUGGGAGCCGACAACAAAGAGAAUUAGAAGAACAAGAAGAAGAGAGACGCAGAAAUUUGAGGAUGUUGGAGAUGGAACGACGAAGAUUAGAAGCCAUUAUGGAAGAAGAAAGAAGACAAAAAAUCCAAGAAGAUAGAGAAAGAAGGCGAAUCGAAGCUCAAAAAACCAUCGAACAAAAAAGAAAAGAGCAAGAAGAGAAAAAACGCAGGGAUGAUGAAAUUUUGCGUUUGAAAACCAAAGAAUUGGCAAAAAUGGAUGACGAAUUCGAUAAAUUCUUCGGAGUAUCUGGCGACGCGGAAUCACCUGACGAAAUUUAUUAUGAUUGCUUUGUCGAUGAAGCUGAUCGUAACCGAAGAAUAAAAGAGGAGUUUCGUAAAACGAAACAGCAACGAGAUUUACAGCGACAAAGAGAUGAGGGUAAGCUACAGAUUGAACGAGACCAAGAAGCUACAGUAUUUCUCAAAGAUACGGAUCAAAAGUCGGCCGAAGUGUCAGAGCCAAAUAAAAGUUUUAAUCCACGUGACACACGUGGUGCUGCAAGUUUAGAUUUUAACGAUUCAAAAUCUAAUAAUGUAGAGACGAAAGCGUACGAAAAUUACGCUAACAAAGCAGAAGUAGCUAAACAAGAACACAAUGACAAUAUUCGGACAAAGACGAAAAAGAAAAAUAGAAAAGCGAAAAAUAAGCAGAAUAAAGUGAAUGAUAAUACUGAUCAAAUAAAAAAGACGAAAAAUCAAAAAAUUACAACACCACCAACUUCAAAAGAAGCGCAAAUAAAUGUUGUAAGUGAACCGAAACAAAAUGUCUCCGUAAAAGAAAACAAUGAUGUUGCUGCCUCAAAUAGCAUUAUUAAAGAUGAACAACUAAAGAAGGACGAUAUAAACUGCCAAAAAGAAAUUCCGUCGAAACAAUCCAUUACAGAAAUACAAGAACCGAAAACAAAAUUUAAAUCCAUCAACAUUAAUGAGAUGUAUAGAAUGAAUCAUACAAGUGAAAAGUUGCCAGAACAAAACGGAGAGCUGAAAGAGAAUAAGACUGAUGUAAGGGGAAAACACGAGGAAGAUGAAAAAAAGCGAAAAAAAAUAUCGGAGCAAGAAAAAAUGAAAUUACAAGAGUUCACUGAAAAUCAACGGAAAAUUGAAGAAUCGAGAAAACAAUUCGAAAUGAAAGAAACUACCGAAAGAAUUCACAAGAGAAAAGAAGAAAUCGCGCAGAAAAUGAAUAUGCUUCAAGAAGAACGUAAUCUGAAAAACUACAUAGGUGAUCGAAAAAUAAAAGAGGAUCCGUCAAAGCAAGAAAAUAUCGAGUCAACAAUCAACCAAAAAGAAGACGAUGAAGAAAAGCGAAACAAGAUACGACAAAACGAAAAAAUGAAAUUACAAGAGUUCACUGAAAAUCAACGGAAAAUUGAAGAAUCGAGAAAACAAUUCGAAAUAAAAGAAGCCGAAAGAAUUCAGAAGAGAAAAAAAGAAAUCGCGCAGAAAAUGAAUAUGCUUCAAAAAGAACAUAAUCUGAAAAACUACAUAGGUGAUCAAAAAAUAAAAGAGGAUCCGUCAAAGCAAGAAAAUAUCGAGUCAACAAUCAACCAAAAAGCGGACGAUGAAGAAAAGCGAAACAAGAUACGACAAAACGAAAAAAUGAAAUUACAAGAGUUCACUGAAAAUCAACGGAAAAUUGAAGAAUCGAGAAAACAAUUCGAAAUAAAAGAAGCCGAAAGAAUUCAGAAGAGAAAGGAAGAAAUUAUGAAAAGUAAAAUGCUAAAAGAUUACGAUCAAAAAAUAAAUGAUCAUAGGACGAAAAAAACAGAAAACAUUAUAAAGAUUGAUUCGAUUCGCAAAAAAGAAGAAGAAGAUUUUAUGAAACUAGUAGUGGCUGAAAUUAAAAAAGCAAACGAGAUAAGCAGGGAAGCGAAUAAACUGGAGAAAAGUAACUCCAAGAUAGCUGCGCUUCAAGAUAAUAGAGUCACAUGCGAUUUAUCAGGGCAAAAUACGCAAACUCAAGCGGUUGUACCGAAGCCAGUGCAAUUGCAAAUUGAAGCUUCCGCAGCAAAUACGAAACCGACGACAAGAAUCGUCGACGAUGAGAAGAGAGAAAAAAUUAAAGAAAAACGAAGAAGGAAAAAGAAGUUGAUGCGAAGCAAGGUGAAGCAAUUGAAAGAAGAAUCAGAGGUGAAGGAAAAAGAACUGAAGAAUUGUCUUCAAUUCAUCAACUCGGUGCAGACGGUUCAGAAGAAGACGGAACUAGCUCGUCUACAGAUACUGUCGAGGAACAAGCAGUUUUUGAACGAAAGCAUCAAGCAAAAUCGUAAACGCUUUUGAGAAGUUCCUUUAACAUUUUUCUAUGCAUUUCUAUGUAACUAGUUUCAAACCUUUGUAAUGCUAUGUGUAAAUAAAUAAAUAAAUUGUUAUAUGUAUUAUUAAUAAUAAAUCAUACAAUUUUUGUGAAA